CUUUAUUGUUUUGCUUCAGGCACACCGUUGGCCAGCUUAGUCACUGGGUGGGUCCUUUAAAGCAGUUUUUGUAGUCCUGCUGGGUCUGGCCGGUCAUUAGACAGGGAAGCAGUGUGCUGGCAUAUAAACCAUAAAACAGAACAGAAUGGCUUCCAUGUUGAUGAACCCAAUCCGGAGCUGCUCAGUCAGCUCUUCCUGGGCAGUGCGAUUUGGUGCACGAUCUCUCAGUACAACAGCCCAGCUUCAGGCUCAAGUUCAGACAAAGAGCAAGAAGACGCUGACUCGACCUGGUGUAAAGAACAUAGUGCUGGUGGAAGGAGUUCGAACCCCUUUCCUGUUGUCUGGAACCACGUAUGCUGACCUAAUGCCACAUGACCUGGCCAGAGCAGCUCUGCAGGGCCUGCUAAACCGGACAGGUAUACCAAAAGAUGCUGUAGACUACAUCAUAUAUGGAACAGUCAUUCAAGAGGUUAAAACCAGCAACGUAGCAAGAGAGGCAGCACUGGGUGCAGGCUUCUCUGACAAAAUCCCAGCUCACACCGUCACCAUGGCCUGCAUCUCCUCCAACCAGGCAAUGACCUCAAGUGUUGGUCUGAUUGCUGCUGGUCAGUGUGAUGCUGUUGUAGCAGGCGGAGUGGAAUUCAUGUCAGACGUUCCCAUUCGUCACAGCCGUAAGAUGAGGAAAACCAUGUUGUCCCUAAACAAGGCAAAGACACUCGGCCAGAGGCUCAGUCUGAUUGGCAGCAUCCGGCUUGCACACCUCUCCCCGGAGCUUCCUGCUGUGGCUGAGUUCUCCACAGCAGAGACAAUGGGCCACAGUGCUGAUCGUCUGGCUGCUGCAUUUGGGGUCUCCAGAGUGGAGCAGGAUGAGUUUGCACUGCGAUCACACACACUGGCAAAAAAAGCCCAGGACGAAGGGCUGCUGCAGGAUGUCAUCUCCUUUAAAGUGCCAGGUCGUGAUAUUGUGUCAAAGGACAACGGCAUACGGCCAUCAUCCAUGGAGCAAAUGGCCAAACUAAAGCCUGCCUUCGUUAAACCUCAUGGAACAGUCACUGCUGCGAACUCUUCUUUCCUGACCGAUGGUGCCUCUGCUGUGCUCAUCAUGUCUGAAGAGAAAGCUUUGGCUAUGGGUUACAAGCCUAAAGCCUAUCUCAGAGACUUUGUCUAUGUGUCUCAAGACCCCAAAGAUCAGCUGCUUUUAGGGCCAACGUACGCUACACCCAAAGUCCUGGAACGUGCCGGCUUGUCCAUGAGUGAUAUUGACGUCUUUGAGUUUCAUGAGGCAUUCGCAGGUCAGAUCAUGGCAAAUCUGAAGGCUAUGGACUCGGAUUGGUUUGCCCAGACGUACAUGGGCAGGAAAUCGAAGGUUGGGACUCCUGCCAUGGAGAAGUUCAAUCUGUGGGGCGGUUCUCUGUCUUUGGGUCACCCAUUCGGUGCCACUGGCUGCAGACUGGCAACCACAGUAGCAAACAGACUGAAGAAGGAGGGAGGACAGUAUGGACUCAUAGCAGCCUGUGCUGCUGGAGGACAGGGUCAUGCCAUGGUGAUUGAGGCUUACCCCCAGUAACACAGUUAAAAACCAUUGAGACAGACAAAAACACAUACAUUCUCUCACACACACACACACACUAACAUUGAUAAAACAGAGUGUACAUAUGGCCACCACCUAGCCUUGAUGGGAGAACAGUCAGAUACAGUAUGAGUGUCUCUGAAGGAUCUCUUGUAAAUGUAACUUUGCUUAGGGGCUUUUGAAUUUAAGCAGAUUGUCGAUGAGGAAUGUUUGCUUUGUUGUGUGGACUCGAGCAGUGUCUCGAGAGCAUUAUCAGCGAGUCCAACAUAACAUAGCAAAGUUUUAGCUCUAAGAAGAGCAACAGUGAUCCUGAUGUGUAAUGUUUGUAAUACGCUGUAAUAAUUUUUUUUUCUUACUGACUGUUGGAAUUAAAUGGUGCGUUAAUUACA